CAGGCCCGGCUUACAUAGGUAGGCCAGAGACUCUUAACUUCAAGAAAAGAACCAGAAUUGAAGCUCAAUCAUCUUGUGGCUGCAACUGUAACAAACGUGUGUCUAAUUGUAACUUCGUAAAUUGUGCUUCCACUUGGUUUUUGGCGACAACAAUCCUUGUUAAUUGUAAAUUGCCACCGCUCACUGCCUCGCCUUUGUUAAUCCAGGUGCUAUCUUUUAAUAAAAUACUUUUGAUCAUGGUUUUGUGUGGAAAUGACAAACUAAAGAAAAGAAAAAGAGAUGAAUUGUUUAUUCAAUCUCAAAGAGGGGCUAUGGAUAAAUUUAUUAAAAAACUAGGUGAUAAUGCUACCGUUUCUCAACAAACUGAAAACGUGAAUGAUUUAAAUGGUUCCAAUAAUAAUGUUCCAAAUGCAUUUGAAAGUUUGAAUGUUCAUGAGCAAGAAACUUUUUCCUUGAGUAUCGAUAAUGAUCCUAAUAGAUUGAGUGAGCAUGAUAAUGUGUCAAAUGCAUCUUUACUUGAAAGUUUGAAUGGUCAUGAACAACAAAGAUUUCAUUUUGAUACUUUUGAUCCUAGAUAUUGGGAAAAUCUUGAUAAUAAAACGAGAGAUGAGUUAGUUGCGUGUGGACCUAAAAGAGAAUUAAAUUUGACUUUUCCUCUUGAUAAGUAUUAUAGACAUUUCUCAUAUCGAUAUUAUUCUAGAAAAUUGAGUAAUGGAGAAACUUGUGAUAGAAAAUGGUUAGUUUAUUCGAAACAUGUUAAUAAAGUUUAUUGUUUUUGUUGCAAGUUGUUUAAAUCUCUAGGUUACUUAAGUGUGCUAGCAAAUGAUGGAUUAAAUGAUUGGAAGCAUCUUAGCGAGAGACUUAAAAAGCAUGAGAGAAGUGGAAAACAUAUGGCUAACAUGAAAACUUGGAAUGAAAUGCUAGUUAGAUUAGAGAAAAGUCAAACUAUUGAUAAAGAAUUACAAAGAGAAAUUAUAAAAGAGAAAGAAAGGUGGAGGCUUGUUUUGAUUAGAAUUAUUGCGGUUGUGAAGUGUCUUGCUAAACAAAAUUUAGCUUUUCGUGGGUCAAAUGAGAAACUUUACCAAAAUAGUAAUGGUAAUUUCUUAGGUAUGAUUGAAUCCAUAGCCGAAUUUGAUGUAAUAAUGCAAGAUCAUAUAAGGCGCAUUCAUACUCGUGAAAUACAUCAUCAUUAUCUUGGUCAUAAUAUUCAAAAUGAAUUGAUCUCUCUUUUGGCUCAUAAAGUUCAAUUUUCUAUUAAGAAUGUCAUAAGAGAGGCCAAAUAUUUUUCUAUCAUUCUUGAUUGUACCCCGGAUAUAAGCCACCAAGAACAAAUGACUUUAAUAGUACGAUGUGUAAGGAUUUUAGAUAAGAAGGUCAAAGUAGAAGAGUACUUUUUAGAGUUUCUUAUCAUAGAUGAUACAUCCGGAUUAGGUAUUUUUGAAAGAAUAAUUGAUGCGCUAAAAUCUCUAGAUCUUGAUGUUAGAAAUGUGAGAGGUCAAGGUUAUGAUAAUGGGUCCAAUAUGAAAGGAAAGCAUCAAGGGGUUCAAAAGAGAUUGUUUGACAUUAACUCAAAAGCAUUAUAUAUGCCUUGUGCUUGUCAUAGUCUAAAUCUUGUAGUAAGUGAUAUGGCUCAUUCUUGUGUGAAAGCUAUUUCUUUUUUUGGAGCAUUGCAACGAAUAUAUGUAUUAUUUUCUAGCUCUACAAAAAGAUGGAAAAUUUUGCUUGAUCAUGUUCCUUACUUAACUAUGAAAUCUUUUUCUAAUACUCGAUGGGAAAGCCGAAUAAAAAGUGUCAAAGCUAUUAGGUUUCAAGCUCCUCAAGUGAGAUUAGCUUUAAUCGAUCUAUAUGAAUCAUGUGAUGAUGCCAUAACAAAAAGUGAAACGGAAAGUUUAGUAAAUUCACUUGAGAAUUAUGAGUUUUUACUUGGUAUGACUAUUUGGUAUGAAAUUUUGUUUGUCAUGAACACGGUAAGCAAGAGCUUACAAUCCAAAUCGAUAUGCAUUGAUAGUGCUAUAAAACAAUUAGAAGGUAUAAUCUUAUAUUUUGAAAAGUAUCGAGAUGAAGGGUUUAGUUCUUGUUUGAAAGUAGCUCAAGGUCUUGCUCAUGAUAUGAAUGUUGAUCCUAUAUUUCCAAGUAGGCGUCGUGUCUUUAGAAAAAAACACUUUGAUGAGAAUGAUCAUGAUGAAGAAGCAUUAUCGGUCGAAGAUGAUUUUAGAGUCAAUUAUUUUCUUGUUGUUGUGGAUAUGGCAAUUUCUUCGGUAAAGAAUAGAUUUGAACAAAUGAUGACUUUUAAAAGUGUAUUUGGAUUUUUGUUUGAUUCAUUGAAAUUAAAAUCACUUGAUGAAAGUGAAUUAAAAGAGCAUUGCAUUAAUUUUCACAAAACAUUUUCUCAUGAUAAUGUCUCGGAUGUUGAUUUUAAUGAUUUUUUUUCAGAAUUAAAAGUUUUGCAAAUGUGUUUAUCCCAAGUGUCAAUGACACCUAGUGAAGUGCUUGAGUUUGUAGAAAAUGUAGGUUGUUAUCCGAAUGUUUCAAUUGCUUAUCGAAUCCUAUUAACAACACCCGUGACGGUAGCUUCGGCCGAGAGAAGCUUCUCAAAAUUGAAGUUAUUAAAAAAUUAUAUGAGGUCCUCUAUGUCUCAACAAAGGUUGAAUGGUCUAGCUAUUCUAUGCAUUGAAAAAAGUUUGUUAGAAAGCAUAGACUUUGAAACUGUCAUUCAUGAGUUUGCGUCAACUAGAGCUCGUCAAAAUCGUUUCUUUAUUCCGAAAUAACUAUUGUGUUUUGUUUUGUUGUUUUAGAUCCAACGGAAGAAGGAUGCAUGAGAUAUGAUGCAAUAUAAAGGAAUGUGGUAGAUGAAGACAUGGAGCUUAAGACAUGAUUAUAUGAAAUGGUUUUUGUUUUUAGCAUGCUUGAAAAGGCCCUUUUUGUAAGUCGCCCUAAGGCUUCUCGAUUGUUAGAGCCGGGGCUGCUAGUCAGAAUCAAGCCACUCGUUUGGUUAACUGUUAUUAAAUGUAGGCUUUGAAAUUGUGUGACGCAAGACUUUUGAAAACCUCUUAAACAUA